GUCACUGGGAGAGCUACUAGUGUAUAUUUUGGGCCGUUCAAGUGUUUAUUUUGAGGCUGUAUUUCCGUUUUCAGCACCGCAUGUUGGUCGGUGUCAGGAAAGUUCCCCGUACGUCUGUAGUAAGAAGAGAGGGCAGUUUUGGAUAUUCUCCGGUUGCCCUGGUUGACAAGGCGUGAACUUGACCAUGGGGAGGCUCCGCAAGAAGAGCAGCACGACUAAGGAAGGCAGUCAGCAGUCUAAAGGACAGACAGCCAUCGACCAGUUCUUCUCUAAGGGCCCAUCACAGCGGGGCGGCCUGUUCACACAGGUGGGACUGCCAGCUAAGAAAGGUCCUGGCAGUUCUAAAGGCACAGCCACCUCAGGGAGGACAGCUGCCAGUAGGGCCCGGCCAAACCAACGACCCUGCUGUUCCACCUCAGCUGUUCCUGCUGCACAGUCUGGACCCUGCUGUUCCGUCACAGUAGUACCUGAGACACAGCUGACCUCACCUGCACCUGCACAGAAGACUUCGGAGCACUGUGGCGCCAGGUCAGAGGUCAUCGGGAUUCCCGACACCCAGGCAGCGGGGACGCAGUUUAUCGCUGAGUUCUCCGACGACAGCUCAGAUUUCGUCACAGCAACGCCGAAACACAAGGUUGGCAGGAAAACGAAGACAGCGACCUUGAGGGGUCGAUCUGCUAAGCUGUCCCUGCGCGGGAGGGGGGCGAGUAAAGAGAACGUAGCAAAGCAUCUUGGGAGAACUGCUGGGAAGAGAGGCAACAACGUCUUAGAAGACGUCUCAAGCAAGUCUCCAGACAAUGUUCCAGGUGAGGAAGGGGCGUGUUCUUCUGACGAGCUGAACAAGUCGUUAGUGAUCUCUCCUGAGGGGAGGGAGUGGAUAAACAAACAAGUAAACAACGACAGCUUUGCUGGACAGAACUGUGCAAGAGGUUCCCAUGACAACCAUUCUGCAGAAUCCAAACAUGGACAUGAACCCUCCACAAAGGAUAGAACAACAGAACAGGACUCGCCUAUCAAAGAGGAGGAACAUGGUGCUGAUGCUGUUACCAUGGCAACCCUGGUUCAGAUCGACUCUCCAGAAAUCAUUCCAGAAGCAAGAGUAAAACAGAACGCCAGGUCCCUGGCAACUAGAACUAAACAGAACAGGUGCAUAGCAACCAACAGUUUGGACAGUAAGGUUAUAGUUUCAGGAGGAAAAAGUGAAAAUUGCGAGGAGACGAAACGGACAGAAAAUGUUUCUGAGGCCGAGGAUGGAGGGGCAUUGUCGGAUGAAGAUACUUCAGGAUCGUUACAGGACAGGAACAGGACGUCAACAGGAGGGAAGAAGUGGUUGUCAUGGACGGGGUCGUUGCUAGGGAAGAGGUCACCUGCGCGGGGCAGCUCACCUGUCGGCAAGAGGAGUAGAACACCGGACACAGCUGCAGGUACUCAGCUGCGGAGGGGGACCGGUGUCACCUGCAGAAAGAACCUGUCAACUCAGCUGGACGGACAGGACGUAGCUCAGGGUCAACAAUUAGCUCAAGGUCAACAAACAUCUCAGGGUCAAGGACAACAAACCCAGGUCAAGGGUGAACAGGAUGAGGUCAAGGGUGAACAGGACAAGAUCAAAGGGGAACCAACCCAGGUCAAAGUUGAAGAGCACCCUGCCAGUGGUGACCCCUCUGACAGGACAGACCCAGACAGCAGGGGCGUUGUGCGUAAGGCAGGGAGGACAGAAGUAGAGACAACAGAAACAGACACAAUAGACACAGGAGGGAGCACUGUCAAAUGUCACAAUGCUGGGAACAACUUUACCAGUAUUCUACCUCCUGUUAAAUCUACACAGAUGCACAACACAGGGUUGCCAUAG